AUGGAGAUUCUGUCGUCUACCAGCGCAGCAGGCAUGGAGAUCAAUGUCACUAUAGCGUCCAAGUCGCGGAUUCCACACUGGUUGGUGGUACAAUGCGAGGCUGGUAGCAGCCCGUCUUGCGAUGCGCAACGAGUGGAUGCUGUGAAUGUCCACGGGAGUCACGACGUCUUCAUCCGCUAUGAGGAACCAAACAGUGAUGUUAGUGGAGACAAUAACGUUGCAAGAGUGAGGGUCAUUAAGGGGGACGUCCAUGACCAAAAGGACAUUCUAGUGCUGCUCAGGAUGAUGAGCGAACUCCUCACGUUGGACAUUACAGCGCCCAGGAAAACUGUGGAAGUCGUGCUAUCACAGCAGAAUACACUGCAGCGAGUGACCAAUCAAGGGUCUGGAGACGUAGUGGUGGAGGACAACGUAUUGGCCACAAUGGGGCCGAGUUUGGCCAUCGCUACAGUUGGCAGUGGGGAUCUGUUCGCAACUUCCACUCAGACGGUGAAGGUGGACGCCUUAACGCUGAACUCUAAAGGAAGUGGACAACUGCAGACAAGGUUCUCGGAACUCCGAGUGUCUAAAUUUCGACUUGAGUAUUUCUCCUCUGGGGACACUACCGUAUUCGUUGAGUCCGAGAGUGACGUCGACAGUUUGACGUUGAUAGCGGAGGGAUCUGGCGACGCGUGUUUGAGUUGGACCUCACCAAUGUCUGUCAAUUUUCUCGAGGUGGAACAAGUUGGUUCGGGUGACGUUUCUGUCGGGCCACAAGGCUCUUGUCAGUCUGCAAAGCUGUCGAUGCAAGGCUCGGGUGAGCUUGAUCUUGGCGGCGUGCAGUGUGGUAUGGUGGAUGUGGAUUUGAUGAGUAGUGGCAACGUCGUCGUUAAAGCUACUGAUGCGUUGACAGUUGAGGCGUACGGUAGUGGCCACGUCAAGUUCACUGGUACAGCUCCUCAUGUGAUUACCAGCACGGGUUACAGCCAGCUUGGGCCGGAGCCUGUUCAAGGUUCUUAUCUGCCUGCUAACUGUAAGCUACACAAGAUACCGGUUAUUAAGUCAAAGUACACUGCGAUCUCGAGUGGCGUAUUUGCUUCAGCAGAACUGGAUUCAGCUGAGAGCAGCUCUUCCGUGUCUGUACGGACCGAUACUGCAGCUGUGUGGGACGGCUUGAGCCGCGACAAGGAAAACCUUCUUCCUCUAGCUGGAGUUGUCUUUCUCGUGGCCAUGAUCCUCCGCUGGUUCAACCACUCUCGCCGUCGAGCUCGAGAGGAACAACGUGAACCGCUGCUUGGAGCCCAGCGACGCGUGUAUGUUUGA